AUGGUGAAUGAAGAUGCUGAAUUUCUCAACUCCCAAGAUCCUCCACCACUCCCUCUCCAUGAACUUCACUUAAAUGUCGGUUGCCCUGUUAUCUUCCUAUGCAAUCUAAACGCUCUCACACUAUGCAAUGAAACUCGCUUUGUUGUCAAACAAAUGCUGGACAACGUCAUUGAAGACCAAAUUAUCAUGGGACACGACAAAAACGAUACCGUUUUCAUUCCGAAAAUUCCGCUAACACCCAACACACUACUCCUACCUUAUGCAGAAACUUCAGUUCCCUCUCAUACUCGGUCGCUGAAAGUUGUCGGACUGGAUCCUCGAACGUCGUGCUUUUCACAUGAACAGUUCUAUGUCGGUUGUUCCGGAGCUGGCCAUCCAGACACCUUAUUCAUUUAUGCUCCUGAAGAAAAAAAACCAAAAAUGUCGUCUACAAAGCAGCCCUACAGUAGUUAUUUCUCUACUGCAAUCUUCAUAUCUUCACCAAAAUGUAGCUGA